AUGCCAUCAAAUAAACAGAAGGGCAGUGGAUCAGACAACAAACCAACUAGCAAUAAAAAGGACAAAGGCAAAAAGGAUGGCGGUUCAGGGUAUACAUCUAUCAAAGUGCGUCAUAUUUUAUGUGAAAAACAUUCAAAGGCUUUGGAAGCUAUAGAACGACUUAAAGCUGGAGAAAGCUUCAAUCUGGUAGCUGGCAAAUACAGCGAGGAUAAAGCCCGUUCUGGAGGUGAUCUUGGUUGGAUGACUCGGGGUUCUAUGGUUGGACCAUUCCAAGAUGCUGCUUUUGCUCUUCCAAUAAGUUCAAUUUCCACACCAACGUACACAGACCCCCCAGUCAAAACGAAUUUUGGUUACCAUAUUAUAAUGGUUGAAGCCAAAAAAUAA